UUAAUCCACUUAAGUAUUUUGCACCUGUCCUCCAAAAACCGUUUAGUAACCGGUGUUCAGUAUCCAUAUAUUCCGUGCUUUACAUCAUCAAUAGGAUUUUACUGCUCCCAUUUGUUACCAAUCCCAUAAUCAGUGGGUUGCGCACCCUUUCUUACGUUGACCAAAGGCCACUAGCUCAACAGCAAUCGCAAUCGGUUCCUUUCGGAAAUAGGAAGAUCAGGAUGUCUUCGGUGUUCAUCAUAGUUUUUUCCACAGUCUUCCUGUCGUCGGUCACCUUUGCCGACACUAUGAUGAAGCGGCAAUCCGGUUACGGUCAAGCAGGGUCGGGCGGUGGCCUUUCUGGAUUCCCCGCAGGAUCAAGCGGUAUAGUUGGCUAUCCUAGCUCGUCUAGCAGUGGCAUGAGUUCAUACCCCGGUUUGGUGUCCGGUUCUUCCGGCAGCAGUGGUGGCGGCAGUUAUUCCAAUUCCGGAACAGCCAGUGGCUUUGCGGCAGCCGGCAGUUCGUCCUUUAAUCUGUAUGGCGGUAACAGCAUUAUUGCCGCGCAAAAUCCAAAUGUUUACGCUGCGCUGGACCAGCUGCGAGGAUCCGAAGCAUUGACAGCAUCUGAAGCAACCGCCGUCAUUGCGAAUUCCAUUCCCGGCACAUCCUACCCGACUCUAGCUCAUAUUCCACAAACCAGCUUCUCCUGCUCCAACGUCCGUCAGUUUGGAUUUUAUGCUGAUCCCGAGACUAGAUGCCAAGUGUUUCGCCGAUGCGAAGCGAAUAACUAUAUGUUUUCCUACAUCUGCCCCAACGGAACACUUUUUAACCAAAUCACUCUGAUCUGCGACUGGUGGUACAACGUUAACUGCCCAAACUCCGCUGCCUGGGUUGAUUACUCCAAUCCCCGCAUUUAUCGUCAAGAUCUGCGCCUGUUCGACGAUUUGUACGGUGCCGGUUCGGGAAUGGGUGGAGGCAGUUACAGCGGUAGCGGCGCCGGAAGCUACAGUGGCGGAGCCGGCGGAAGCAGCGGUAGCACAUACGGAGGCAGCUUGGGCGGCUUAGGCGGAGGCAGUGGAUCAUUCGGCUCAGGCGGCUACAGUCAGGGCGGCUCGUCUCCCAUGCAACAGUACCGCAGCGCUAGCCUGGCCAACAAAGUCCUCUCCGAACCCAUUGCGUCGGCAUCCGAGAAAACCCUCAGAGAAAUUCUCACACAACUGGCCACGAAUUCCCUGCAGUUACCUGACGCCGUGGUCACUUCAGAAAGAGACAAUGUCACUACAAAAUUUGUGUGAUUCCGCACGGGUUAAUUUAUUUUCUUGUAACCAGUUAAAUAAUUGUUGAAUUUUUGUAGCUGGCUUUAGACAUACCCAUCGGUUAAUGUU